GCUAGGCCCCAGAGCACUGGAACAAUCAGUGAGCUGUCCCGGGGCCGUUGCCUCUGGGGGGAGGGACUUGGGGAAGGCCCCUCCCUCUCCCAAGGAUCUGCUGGGGAAGGAGUGGUCGUCUCUGCAGAGCCGGAAGCCCAUCCUGUCCACGGCUGCUCCCUCCCGCAAGCAGGGCUGCAGGCCCCCGGAGGCCAUUGGGGAGCAGCUGCAGAGGGAAGGAAGAUGGCUGGGAGCUGCGUUUUACAAGGAGCUCGCAGCUGCUGUCUCAUGACUGGCUCCGUCUCCUGGAAGGUGGCUCUGCUCUCGAAGCCAUAAAGAAGAGGGGCAGAGAAGCGGCAGCAGUGCAGGGAGCUCCAGCUGCUGGGAGCCAAGGCAGAGAGGGGGCAGCUGUACCCCCUGCCCCGCGCUGAGCCAGGGAAAAUGAGCUGCCCGUCCACCCAGAGCGGGGAGCAGAUCGAGCCGCUCAGGUACCUCAGCCGCGUGGAGGCGGAAGCCAUCGAGAAGGAGCUGCUGGAAGAUUACAGAUUUGGUCGGCAGCAGCUGAUUGAGAUCUGGGGACACGCCAGCGCCAUGGCCGUGACCAAGGUGUUCCCUCUGCCGUCCUUCCCAAGGAAGCAGCCCACAGUGCUUGUGGUGUGUGGGCCCGAUCAGAACGGUGCCAUCGGCUUGGUGUGCGCACGGCAUUUGCGGGUGUUUGAAUACGAGCCGACCAUCUUUUACCCCAAGCGCUCCCCGAAUUCCCUGUAUCGGGAUUUCACCACCCAGUGCGAAAAGAUGGACAUCCCCUUCCUCUCGUACCUGCCGACGGAGGUCCAGCUGAUCAAUGACGCCUACAACCUGGUGAUCGACGCCAUCCUGGGAGCCGACGCCGAGCCGGGGGAGGUGAAGGAGCCGUACACCAGCAUCUUAGCCACCCUGAAACAGAUCCGGAUCCCCAUCGUCAGCCUGGAUGUGCCCUCAGGGUGGGACGUGGAGACGGGAAACAGCGAGGGAAUCAGCCCUGACGUCCUCGUCUCCUUGGCCGCGCCCAAGCAGUGCGCCACCCGCUUCCUGGGUAGGCACCACUUCCUCGCCGGCCGCUUCCUGCCCUACGACGUGCAGAAGAAAUUUGAGCUCAACCUGCCCGAAUACCCAGGCACAGAGUGUGUGGUUUCACUUUAAGGCUCGGGGCGGGCAGGGAUGGAGAGGGGAGUUGCGGGGGGAGGAGAGGAAAAGCCACCCAGCUCCGCCAUAAUAAAAAGGCUUCAAAGCGUUUUGUAUUUUUUUGAGCAGCCAGGUGACUCCCUGCUGGGAUGCUGCAUCCUGGCAGCAGGGCCUGGCUUCCCAGCCAGAGGCCAUGCAGCUCCCAGGGAGGGCGUCUGCUGGCAGGAGGUCCUUGGGCAUCUCAGGCCACCGUGACCAAGCCUUCAUGUUGAUCAUUUAAACGCGGGGCGGGGCUAGGGGAUCAAAGGCAGCUGAACCCCUCCCCUCCCGUGGGUCCCACGCCCCCGGCGGCUCAGCCCAGGGCGCAGGGUGGAAUUGUGGAGUCAUAGAGGCCACUGGGUCGUUUUGCGGCAGGGUGAGGAAGGCCGGGUGGCUUGUUCCUGGGCUGCAAGGAGCUCAGAUACAUGGGCACCCAUGUAAGCGCCUUGCUGGAUGGGCCCCUCCAAGGCGACUGGCUCCCCAAAGGCAGGCGGAGGACGUAUGGCAGGAGGAAACGUACGCUCGGCCCCUGGCAGGGUGGGCCCAUCUGACCUCACCGGCCGUUUCCAUCACUCCCUGCCCUGAUCCACGCGUUGGGAUUGAUCAACGGCCUUUUCACAGGAAUCCUUUGUAAACAGGAGCCUGCUCCGCAGCCAGCCAGUUGGCAGGUCGCUGCUGCCGCCGCCGCCGGCCAUGGAAAGAGCAGAGAGAGGCAAAGCCGGUGGCACAAGAGGAAGGAUCAGGGAGCGAUUUCCUCCAGCAGCAGUUAGUCCGGCUCUUGCCCCGCGGGCUUCGGCCACUGGCCCAUGCGGGGGUUGAGGAGCACAGCAGUCAGCGGCUGCUCUUGUCGGGGAUCUGUCUGCAUGUGGAAAGGGAAGGAAAUGACCUCCCUCUGCACUUGCUGUUCCCUGGCUGUAACUGCCCAGCGGCCCCUCAGCCAGAGAACAGGGCUCUCCUGGGGUCGCUGGCUGCUGUGCUGUGGACAGGGGCCUAGAAGAUUUCUGUGCUGCUCUUCCCAAGCUGCCAGGAGCUCGGGGUCGCUGAGCCACCCACCCGGGAGGCCUUGGAGCCGGUGGAAUGGCUGGGGCAGCCAUCGCCCAAGGGGUAACCACCGAGGAAAGCGGAGCUGAGGCCGUGGGUUCACAGGGUGCUCAGCACUGCCCUGCUUAGCAGGUGUCCUCCAGCACUGGCUGAGUGCAGUGGUGGGCGGUCCAGCGCAUGUCACCAGCAGAGGAUUCCCCUAGAGGGAACAGGGACCUAGACUAGGACCAUGGCCACCCGGCUAACUACCGCAGACAACACUGAUUUGGGUGGCUCCCCAGUGAACCCUGUUCCUAGCCCGACUGCUUUGCCAUGCGGGGAGAAACCUGCAUUUUUCUGCAGAUCAGUGAAAUCUCCAGGGGCCAGAUGCCAACCCCGCCCCACCCCCCUGCAUCAUCGUCCACUUGUUCUGAGCCAAAGCUCUUUGUAGCCUCUCCGUUUGCAGCAGCUCCCGGUUUCCAGGGGCAGCAAAAUGAAAAAGUGGCACUUAGGUGGCAGCGUUCCCCUUCCGCGUGCAGACUGCCCCGGCCACUGGCCUGGCGAGUGCGUUCUCGGAAGUAGGAAGCAGAGUAGAGGGGGGUGAAACCGAUUUUCCCACCAGUGCUUAGUACCUGUGAGCAGCCCUGCCGCCCUCCCAGCGAGAGAGGAGGACCUGCUGCUGUUUACGCAGCGCACGCUGCAUCCCAGCUCAGCUCGUCGGGGGGCUGGAUUGUGUUCGACGCUCUCGCCCGGCUAAUGGGCGUUGUUGCUGAGUGAGUGCCCGGCUCGGCGGUGGGCCCCCCCCCAGCUUACUGCACAGUCCAGGGGGCUGCGCAGCCUCCCCAGAUCCAGCCCGACACGCUGCCUUGGUGCCAGCAGAUAACGGCAGGACCUGCCCCCUAUAGCAUUUAAGGUGGGGCCUGAUUCUGCACUAGGGCAGCUAAGGGGAGUUUUGUCCUUGACCUCAAUGGAAGCAAAAUCAAGCCCAGAGCCUCCCUACAGCUUCGUUCUCCCCAGGCACACGAGGCAAGCGACUUGCUUCAGUGGCUCCACCGGCCCACAGCUCUGGCCUGGUUAUGCCCCCUUCUUCCCCCAGCCCAGGAUGCUUUGGCCUCUCCCCCCGUGGACUCGCGUUUUUCUGAUCGAGGCCCUGUCCUGCUGUCUGGACGCUGAUUCUCCAGCUCCUGCCUUUACCGCCCCUGACCUGAGCACGCCACUAGCCACAGGCAGGAGGCCCAUGACCUGCUGCGCUCUGCGGCCCCUGCCAUGCUGCCGAGGCCACGCGGGGUCACCUGCCGGCUGGGACGGGCGAGCCAGGGGAAUCGUGUGUGUGUGUAGCUAGCCCUGUACUAUCUGAAUGAGGAUUAUCCACGUCAGCGACGGCAGCGUCCGCCCCGCAGGGGGACCUGAACGGACUAGAGACUCAGGGCCAGGCGUCGUGUGGCAGAGCACAGCGGGACAGGUUGGUCCCUUGGGAUUGGCGCCUGCGUGUGUGGAACGUUUCUGUGUCUGUGGGCUCCUGGAGCUUCGUUGUUUGCGCGCGAACAGAAAGCCAGGGGGGAGCGCUGCUAAUAAAGAUGGGCUUGGAACCGACCCAAGGUGCCUGGGCUUUUUAUUCAGCGUGU